GUAAAAAAAAAAAAAGGAAAACAAUAUGCUUUCUAGUCCUAGCUGAGGUAAGGGUUUUUUAAUGGUACCAGAGCAGAUGGUUGGAGGUUGCAGCUUUCCUUGAGUGCUUGCUGUUAAUUCAUGCUCGGGCAGCUCUCUGUGAGGCAGAGGGCGAAGGGGGCUGCUGGUGGGCGCCGCUGAGGAGAUGGAGCGCUUCUUGGGCUUCGUCAAGCAGAUAAGGAGGUCGAGAAGAAGAAAAGGCAAAAAGUACCGGCCAGAGGAGGAUUACCACGAGGGUUACGAGGAUGUCUAUUAUUAUGCCUCAGAGCAUUUUCGAAAUGAAAGUCCUUACACAAAGUCUGCAAACCAGGCAAAGCCACCUGAUGGAGCAUUGUCUGUGAGGAGACAGAGUAUUCCAGAGGAAUUCAAGGGCUCAACAAUAGUUGAAUUAAUGAAAAAAGAAGGCACUACCCUAGGGCUUACAGUAUCGGGUGGAAUCGACAAGGAUGGGAAACCAAGAGUAUCUAACCUUCGUCAAGGAGGAAUCGCUGCUAGGAGUGACCAGCUGGAUGUUGGUGACUACAUCAAAUCUGUGAAUGGAAUCAACCUGACCAAAUUUCGCCAUGAUGAAAUCAUCAGCCUGCUCAAGAAUGUUGGCGAGAGGGUUGUUUUAGAAGUGGAGUACGAGCUCCCUCCAGUCUCUAUACAAGGAUCGGGUGUCAUCUUUAGAACUGUGGAAGUUACUUUACAUAAAGAGGGGAACACUUUUGGGUUUGUAAUAAGAGGUGGAGCACAUGAUGACAGAAAUAAAUCUCGUCCUGUUGUAAUAACAUGUGUUAGACCUGGAGGGCCUGCUGACAGAGAGGGCACAAUCAAACCCGGGGACAGGCUGCUGAGUGUUGAUGGGAUCCGACUGCUUGGAACAACACACGCUGAAGCUAUGAGUAUUCUCAAACAAUGCGGACAAGAGGCAACUCUGCUGGUUGAAUACGAUGUCUCAGUAAUGGAGUCAGUAGCAACGGCAUCUGGGCCACUACUUGUUGAAGUUGCCAAAACUCCUGGUGCUGCUCUUGGGGUUGCACUGUCUACUUCGAUGUGCUGCAACAAACAGGUCAUUGUCAUAGACAAAAUCAAAUCUGCGAGUAUUGCAGACAGAUGUGGCGCAUUGCAUGUAGGAGACCAUAUUCUGUCCAUUGACGGCACCAGCAUGGAGUACUGUACGCUGGCAGAAGCAACGCAGUUUCUUGCUAACGCAGCAGAUAAUGUCAAGCUUGAGAUCCUCCCUCACCACCAGACACGGCUAGCACUGAAAGGCCCAGAGCACGUGAAGGUUCAAAGAAGCAACAGGCAACUUACCUGGGAUUCGUGUGCCAACAGCCACAGCAACCUCCUCACCUACCACCAUUAUAACACGUACCACCCUGACCAUUGCAGGAUGCCAGCCUUGAAAUUCCAGAAAACGUCUCCUCAAAAAAGCCUUCCUUUGGUGUCUUCAUCCUUCUCUCCUACCUCCAUGAGUGCAUACAGCCUGAGUUCCCUGAACAUGGGGACCUUACCUCGCAGCCUCUACUCCACCAGCCCGCGUGGGACAAUGAUGAGGCGGAGGAUGAAAAAGAAGGACUUCAAAAGCUCCUUGUCUUUAGCCUCUAGCACUGUUGGUUUGGCGGGGCAGGUCGUCCACACAGAGACCACGGAAGUAGUGCUGACAGCUGACCCCAUAGUAGGGUUUGGGAUACAGCUCCAGGGUAGCGUGUUUGCUACCGAGACCUUGUCUUCUCCACCCCUCAUUUCCUAUAUUGAGUCUGACAGUCCGGCGGAAAGGUGUGGGGUCCUGCAAAUAGGAGACAGAAUAGUGGCAAUAAAUGGUAUCCCAACAGAAGACAGCACAUUUGAUGAGGCCAAUCAACUGCUCAGAGACUCCUCUAUCACCAACAAGGUCACCUUGGAAAUAGAAUUUGAUGUUGCAGAAUCUGUUAUACCAAGCAGUGGAACAUUUCAUGUCAAACUACCAAAGAAGCAUAACGUGGAACUUGGCAUCACGAUAAGUUCUCCAUCCAGCAGAAAACCGGGGGACCCUCUGGUUAUUUCUGAUAUCAAGAAAGGAAGUGUUGCUCACAGAACUGGGACACUGGAACUGGGUGACAAGUUGCUUGCAAUAGAUAACAUUCGACUUGACAAUUGCUCGAUGGAAGAUGCUGUUCAGAUCCUUCAGCACUGUGAGGACCUUGUAAAGUUAAAGAUCCGCAAAGAUGAAGAUAAUUCUGAUGAACAGGAGAGCUCUGGAGCAAUUAUUUAUACUGUUGAGCUCAAGCGCUAUGGUGGGCCUCUUGGAAUUACAAUCUCUGGUACUGAAGAGCCCUUUGAUCCUAUAAUUAUUUCCAGCCUUACAAAAGGAGGAUUAGCCGAAAGAACUGGAGCAAUUCACAUAGGAGACAGGAUCCUAGCAAUAAAUAGUAGCAGCCUGAAAGGAAAACCUUUGAGUGAAGCCAUUCAUUUAUUACAGAUGGCAGGAGAAACUGUGACUCUGAAAAUCAAGAAGCAGACAGAUGCUACCAGUCCCAAGAAAUUUUCUGUCCCUGUGGGUCACAUAAAUGAACUGAGCGAUGCUGAAGAUGAAACCUCUGCCGCACAGAAAUCUGGCAAACUCUCAGACAUCUAUUCUACUACAGUCCCAAGUGUUGACAGCGCAGUAGAGUCGUGGGAUGGCUCUGGUAUUGAUACCAGCUUUGGAAGUCAAGGACCCAGCUAUCAGGCUUCAGGAUACAACUUCAAUGCCUAUGAAUGGAGGAGUCCUAAACAGAGGGGCAGCUUGUCCCCACCAAGCAGACCACGAAACCACCCAUUCCAUGACCCAGUACUGAGUGAUGAGGAAUGGGACCGACCUACAGCAAGCAGCACAGCUUCCAAGAAUAUGUGGCAACAGAAAGAGACUGAGACGUUGGGAGACAAUCAAGAAAACCAUUUAAAGCAAACUUCUGUAGAAAGGUCAGGGGGAGAGAGCAUCAGGAGCGUGAAGAAAGAGGGCAAGCUGUGGAAAGGUGCCUCUGGUGGGCAAAGGAAAGGUGGGGGACAGCUGGAAGAGUGGAAUACUCCCAGCUUCGCAGGUACCCAUGAUAACACCGAGGCUGACCAGGAGGAAAACUUCUGGUCUCAGGCUCUGGAGGAUUUAGAGACCUGUGGCCAGUCAGGAAUUCUGAGGGAACUAGAGGACAAGGCUGACAGGCGUCUGUCUUUGAGAAACAUGACUCUCUUGGCCACAAUUAUGUCAGGAAGUACAAUGAGUUUGAAUCAUGAAAACCCACAACCUCGUAGCCAGCUGGGAAGACAAGCCAGCUUCCAGGAAAGAAGCACUGUAAGGCCACAUUACAGUCAAACUACUCGUAGCAACACAUUGCCAUCAGAUGUGGGGAGAAAGUCCAUGGUUAUGAGAAAAUUUAAGCAAGAAAUGAAAGAAAUCAUGUCACCAACUCCUGUGGAGUUACACAAGGUAACUUUGUACAAGGACAGUGAUGGAGAAGACUUUGGGUUUAGUGUCUCAGAUGGCUUGUUGGAAAAAGGAGUGUACGUUAAAAACAUUCGACCAGCGGGCCCUGGCGAUCUGGGUGGUUUGAAGCCAUACGACAGGCUGCUGCAGGUAAACCACGUUCGCACCAGGGACUUUGACUGCUGUCUGGUUGUGCCCCUCAUCGCAGAAUCUGGCAAUAAGCUGGAACUGGUUAUUAGCAGAAACCCACUGGCCUCUCAGAAAGGAAGUGCAGACCAACAGCCUUCAGCAGGCGGGGAGUGGAGUGAGCAGAACAAUGCCUUCCUCCAACAGACUGGACAUGCUAAUGUUAACACAGAGGCACGGGACCCUACAAAUACAUUAUAGCAGAAAAUAAUUUGAGUGGGACAUUUGGUAAUAAAAGACAAUUAUGGUGCUAAAUCCCUUUAAGAUUUUUCUGAAGAUAAGGCUCAGACACAUUAUAGCACUAAAAAGCACAGGAGGUCAGUCUGUCUGUCUCAAGGCUUAUAUUAAUUCAUGGUCACGUUUUAAAAAGUUUAACUCUUUGUUAAAUCACUCCAUUUCUAAACAAUCUGCCAUUAGCAACAGUACCUAAGGGCAUUUUUCCCCGAACAAAAAAGUGGGGAGAUGUUUAAACAUGAUUUAGAUGUACCUUUCCCUUCAUCAUCAGCUGCUGUUUGAGGGAAAAAGCAUGGAGUUAACUUCUCCUAACAGUGGUGUCCUGGUUGAUUUUUAAAAACAUUUUAGCAGCAAGUCAUUGUCUGAUGGCCGAGGAAGAAUGGUGUGCUGGCACCACGCUUUCUUGUUAACUGUCUAGCUCUGUAAUUAUGGGGACCUUGAUUCUGCUGGCAAGAAUGGUAUACUCUUCAGACAAAGCACGGUUUAGAUAUUUUAACAAAGUGUUUUUAGGAAGCUGCAGCAUGUGGUGAACAUUACUCCCCAACAACUGUGGUAAAUUUUAGUAGCUCAUAUGUUAUUCCCUAUGCAAUGAAAUAAUUAAUGAUAGGUCUUGCAACAUGUAAGGCUUUUUAAGCAGAGACUUUUUUUAGUGAGAUUGAAAACCUCUGAAGGAGGAUUACUGAUGAGUAAAAUUGAAAAGAGUUUAGACAAACUAGAAAGGUUUUAAAAUAAAAUGGAUUUUUUUUUUAACUAUAGCAGUGGAAGAUUGAUACAAAAGCUCCUUAAUGAUCCAUAGCCCUGUAAACUUCUACUGUCGUACACGAGCUUUUUAAGUCAAACAAUUUCUUGAGGGGACUAAUGUCCUAUUUAAUAUACUUUGUUUUCAGCCUUCUUUAUGAUAAACUUACCCCCUACAACACGUUUUUAGAAUUUAAAAUUGUAAAUACAUUUUACAAACUUCACAAAUUCUCCUGGCUCCCCUCUCCCCCCAAGCAAUAAAAUACUGCCAGUUGCUUUAUAUGCUCACCAGCAGCUGCUUUGGUUUAUUCCAGUAUUCGAGUUGUUAUUGGUAAUUACUGUUCUUGGUGAAUAUAAAGAUACUGGAUUUGUACAUUUGUAGAGUCUCCACAUCUAAGCAAUCACCUAACAGAGUUGUUUCUGGUCAAUUUAAACUGUUUAACUGUAUUCCCUAUUGCUGUUUCCAAUACAUAAACAAGCUCACCCUGCACACACAAGUAUGUCUGAUUUAUAUUUCAGCACUGCCAGAAAAGGUCAGAGUAACAUUCAAUGCUGAAUCAUGUAAAAAAAAA